CUCUUCUUUCCUCUGAUUGAUUGAAUAUAGCGUUUUUAACAAAGGAUGAGACUCUGAAUGUAACCUCAAAAACAAACGCAGAUAGAUUGAUAGAGAGAGAGAGAAAGGAGAAGGAGAAAGACACGAUUUUUUUAAAUAUCUUUGACCUCCAAAUUGCACAUGGCUUCCAGGACCUCUCUUCUCUCCACGUUUUUGUUUUUCCUUUAGCUCACAUGCUCUCCUCUCUCUCUCUCUCUUCCAGUGGCUAAAACUAUUGACUCAGCAGUUGAGCAGAUUCCUCAGAUUUACAGUGAAAAAGUUUAAUUUUUGGCCGUUAUUCUGCACAACCAAACCUUCAAUUUCUUUUCUGCAAAGACUUUCCUUCAUUCAAUCACCCAGGAUUAUAUUGUAUAUGAUAUAAGUGAAGGGUUUAAAUUUUUGUCGUGAAAUUGGUUCAGAUGCAUAGACUGCCGCAUUUUGCAUGGUUCUCGUAUAUGUUAUAGAUGCACAAAGUGGAUGUAAGCAAUUCCAAGUUUAGCAAGAUGGAAGAUGAUCAAAUUGAAGACAUGGAAAUUGAAGUAGUCCCUUCAAUGUGGCCUGAAGAUAUUGAUAGUGAAAAGCCAUAUAAUAUAGAAAAGCCAAGAGGGGAUCAAGAUAUGUUGGAGGAAGUUACGAUAGUUGAGGAGCCAAGUAUAGUUGAUUUCCACCGUCUUAUAGAGCUAACCAGUUACACUGACAGAGGCUCUUCUCAGCUAGCAUACCUCGUAAAACAUUGGGAAUAUAAGCAGGCAAAUGCUGUACGUCUUCUCAGAGAAGAGCUUGACAUUCUAAGCCAGCAAAGGCAGGAAGUUGAGCUAAAAAAAUUGGAGAUAUUGGAAAAUUUUCGGUUUGAGGAAGAAGGAUAUGGUGGUGAUAAACGUCCAAUAUCUAUAUUGGAUGAAGUUAUUGAUAUAUAUCAAGAUCUUCCUCGGAGGAAAAAAGAUGUCAUUGUUCAAAACGAUAGAGUAGAAAUAGAAGCAGAAUAUGAUACUGUUGCAUACUGGAAGCAGCGAGCCAUGCAUUUAGAGACAUUGUUGGAGGCCAGUAUCCAGAGGGAGCAAGCACUCAUUGAGAAGUUACAGGAAAGUGUAAGAAAUUUGGAAAGGCAAUCCUCACCAGUAGAAGAAUUAUCACAGAUUCUGAAAAGAGCAGACAAUUUCUUACAUUUUAUACUUCAAAAUGCGCCUGUUGUCAUGGGCCAUCAGGAUAAAGAGUUAAGAUAUCGCUUUAUCUACAAUCAUUUUCCACGUUUGCAAGAAGAGGACAUUUUGGGAAAGACAGAUAUGGAAAUUUUUUCUGGAGUAGGAGUUAAGGAAUCACAAGAUUUCAAGAGAGAAGUUCUUGAAAAAGGAUUGCCUGCAAAGAGGGAAAUUACAUUUGAGACUGAAUUAUUUGGGAAAAAGAUAUUUUUGAUUUACGUAGAACCAGUAUUUAGUAAGUCAGGGGAGACAAUUGGGAUCAAUUACAUGGGAAUGGAUGUAACCGACCAGGUGCGGAAAAGAGAAAAGAUGGCAAAGCUUAGAGAAGAGAUGGCGGUACAAAAGGCCAAAGAAACAGAACUGAAUAAAACGAUCCAUAUAACAGAGGAGACUAUGCGUGCAAAGCAAAUGCUAGCAACCAUGUCUCAUGAGAUAAGAUCUCCUCUUUCUGGGGUUGUUAGCAUGGCUGAGAUUCUGUCCGCCACAAAUCUUGACCGCGAGCAAAGACAGUUACUCAAUGUCAUGAUAUCUUCAGGGGAUUUGGUCCUUCAACUUAUAAAUGAUAUACUUGACCUUUCCAAGGUUGAGUCUGGUGUAAUGAAAUUGGAAGCCACAAAGUUCCAUCCCAGACAGGUAGUAAAGCAUGUACUCCAGACAGCUGCUGCAUCAUUGCAAAAAAUUCUGACCUUGGAAGGACACAUAGCAGAUGAUGUUCCUAUUGAGGUCAUUGGAGAUGUUCUAAGGAUUCGACAAAUCCUUACUAACUUGAUCAGCAAUGCAAUCAAAUUUACCCAUGAAGGGAAGGUAGGGAUAAACCUUUAUGUGGUACCGGAUCCAUGCUUUGGAAAAGCUGAAGGGAACCAUCAGAAGUCAUCUGCUGUUCAGUCAACCACAAAUGCAUCAAAAGAGGAGAAAUGCACAUCAGCAUCUCAAAUUAAUAAUGAUCAAAAUGGUUCCCACACUCCUCGCCAAAAUCAUGCACAUGAUGAUGAAACUAUAACUCCUGUUAGAACUGGAAACGCGGCGGAUGGAGAUAAGCAGGAGGAACCACAAUUACCAGAAACAGUAGUGUGGCUACGCUGUGAUGUUUAUGACACUGGAAUUGGAAUACCUGAAAGUGCAUUACCUACUCUAUUUAAAAAAUACAUGCAAGUCAGUGCAGAUCAUGCUCGAAAAUAUGGCGGGACAGGCCUGGGACUUGCAAUAUGCAAACAGCUGGUUGAGCUAAUGGGUGGCCGUCUCACUGUGUCUAGCCGAGUGAACUGUGGAUCUACUUUCACAUUUGUUUUAGCAUACAAGGUGUCACCAAUGUGUGAUUCUUCUGAUGAUGCUGAUGACCUAUCAGAUAUGACUGAUCAUGACGCUGCAACAGAGGAUGAAACUGCUGGCUACUUUUUGUUCCAACCACGUACUUUGGGCUCUCUAUUCUCUUCUAAUGGAUCCACCAGGACUCAAAAAUUAUUACCGCACAAUAUUGGUUAUGCUAAUUCUCAUAAACUGAAUGGACUCUCAGACAAUCCUUGCUCAUUUCUCUCUCAUAAUGUUAGAUCAAAAGAGACAGCAUCUGUUGAGGAUGCUUAUUCUACUAUUGAAGUCGCUGACACAUUAUCUGAACCUGAAAGUUCUUUUAGUCACAGCUCAGAACCUGCUAAUGAGAAUGUAGCUUGUAGAAGCAAACAGUGUCAAGAUUACACAAAUAGUCAAUUGCAAAAUCCUACUACAAAUUCCACUUCUCACACAGAAUCUCGUAGAGAAGUGGAUGCAAGGCCAAAAACAACUGAAUCCCAAGGAUCAAGUGAGGCACAGGAGAAAUUUGAAACAAGUUCUCAGUGCACAUCUGGCAGCAGUCCACAAGUUCCAACAACAAAAUUACGGCCUAAGAUUCUUCUUGUAGAAGACAACAAAAUUAAUGUAAUGGUGACUCGAUCAAUGAUGAAGCAAUUAGGCCAUACCAUAGAUGUUGUUAAUAAUGGAGUUGAAGCCGUGCAUGCAGUUCAAUGCAAUUGUUAUGAUCUCAUUUUAAUGGAUGUCUGCAUGCCAGUUAUGGAUGGCCUUCAAGCCACCAGACUGAUUCGUUCUUUCGAAGAAACUGGAAGUUGGGAUGCAGCAGUUAAGGCUGGGAUUGAAUUGUGUGCAACUUCCUCAAAUUCAUUACAAGAUACUCAAGGUUCUAUGCCUUCUAGAAAACGGACCCCUAUAAUUGCGAUGACUGCAAAUGCAUUGUCAGAGAGUGCAGAAGAAUGUUAUGCAAAUGGUAUGGACUCCUUUAUUUCAAAGCCUGUCACUUUUCAAAAACUAAAAGAGUGUUUUGAGCAAUAUUUUCCAUGAUACCCUCCUGUAAAUUUAUGCUUGUGUAUAUGAAUGACAGAGUGCUAGGAAAGUUUUGUAAUCUCUGUAUCAAGUUAUUUGCAGCCAUUAGCAUCUCAAUAGAAAUCAAGUUGUAUAAAUCCACCUUUAUAUAUAUAUUUUUUCUUUUUGGUC